GUAGUGAUGUUGCAAAUGCGGUAUUGGAUGGCAGCGAUUGUGUUAUGUUAAGCGGUGAAACAGCGAAAGGGGACUAUCCCGUAUUAACACUAAUAACUAUGGGCAAGUUAUGUCUGGAAGCGGAAUUGACCGUAAACUAUCAAGAAGUAUUCCGUGAGACUCUUCUUUGUCUGAAGAAACCAUCAGAUGUCACACAUACGAUUGCAAUUGCAGCCGCUUCGGCAGCAAUUUCAUGCAAUGCAAGUGCUAUCGUAGUGCUAACUACCAGCGGACACUCCGCUGGUUUGGUAAGCCGUUACCGUCCAAUGGCGCCUAUUAUUGCAAUAACUCGAGAAGAGCAAGUUGCACGACAAAUGCACCUAUUUCGUGGUGUUCAUCCAGUGUUUUAUACCGUACCAAAAAAUGAGGAUUGGAGAGCUGAUAUUGAUCUACGAGUGGCUCACGGUAUGAGAGAAGGACAAGCUCUUGGCUUUAUUAAAUCGAGUGAUUUGAUCAUUAUUGUCACAGGAUGGUCCAAAGGAUCCGGAAAUACGAACACAAUGCGCAUUAUCAGAGUACCAUGA